AUGGCUGAUUACGACAACGACAACGGCCGCUACGCCGAUGAACCCCGGUAUGACCGCGACCGCAGCGCCUCGCCUCGCGAUGAGCCUCGCGGCGGCGACCGUGCUCGCAGCCGCUCCCCCAACGGCCGGUCUGAGGAAAGACCUUCUGCCAUCCGCAAGCCCCUGGACGACGAUGAGGAGGGCGCCCUCAACAGCGGCUCCAACCUGUUCGUCACUGGCAUCCACCCACGUCUGACCGAGUCCGACAUCUCGCGUCUCUUUGAAAAAUACGGUGAUGUUGACAACUGCUCCAUCAUGCUGGACCCCCACACCAAGGAGUCCCGUGGCUUCGGUUUCGUCAACAUGAGCACUGCCGAGCAGGCCGACGCGGCCAAGGAGGGUCUCCAGGGUGAGGUCAUCGAAGGCCGCACUCUCAGCAUCGAGAAGGCCCGUCGUAGCCGUCCCCGUACCCCUACCCCUGGCAAAUAUUUCGGUCCCCCCAAGCGUGAUGGCGGCCGUGGCCCACCCCGUCGUGGAGAUCGCUAUGAUGACCGCCGUGGCCCUACUGGCGGCGGCGGUAACUGGCGCCGUCGUGAUGAUGACUACUACCGCUACGGCCGUUACGACUCCUACAACGAGCGCCGCGACUACGGCCGCGACUAUGGCCGUGGUGGUGACUACCGUCGGGACUACGGUGGCCGUGAUUACCGCCGCGACUCCCGUGACGACUAUGGUGGUUACCGUGGUGGCGGCAGCGCUGGUGGUCCCGACCGUUAUAGCGACCGCUACAGCCGCGACGACCGCGGUGGCCGCGAGGAUCGCCGCGCUGGUGCCAGCGGUGGUGGCGAUGAGUCUCGUGGUGGUGGUGCCAGCGGUGGCAACGGCAGCUACUAUGACCGCGACGCCAACCCUCCCAGCUACGAAGCGGCCCCUCCCCGUGAGCCUCGUGAGCCGUACUCCGGCCAAGGCGGCCGUUCUUAUGAGGGCCGUGGUGAAGAGCGCUACGGCAGCAGGUAA